AUGAUGGCAAAGAGAAACAUAUACGAGGAGGAUGUCGACUUCGCUGUCUUGGCCCUUCAAUCCCCUGCUUUCAAUAAAUAUUUGAAAUCGAACGGACAGCUGGAUUUCAGCAACCCAGACGCAGUACAACAGCUCACGAAAAGCCUGCUGGAGCGAGAUUUUGGCGUCAAGCUCGACCUACCUGAUGACCGUCUAUGCCCGCCAGUACGUGCAACCUUCUAUUCUUCCAUACUACUCUUCAAGAACGAACUUGAACACUUAGGUCCCUAA